AUGGUGGAGAUGAUGGGGGGAAACGGUGUCUUUGGCUCAGGCAGAAACUUCUUGGAAAGCCACGUUGAAGACAUGGAGAACAAGCCCAGGCUGCUUACCGAAUGCUGGCAAAAGUAUCUGUACUGGCUGCGCAUGUCGCUCAUGAGAGUCGAGAGGUUGCCAGCGCCCGGGCAGAUUCUGACAACGGCCAAGGGCUUCACAAUAGAGCGCGAUUUCCUGGACACGGGGGCAUGGGGGCGAGGGAAAUCAUACGAGGAUGUUUACCAAGAGGUCAUAGACGGGAAUAUGUUUCCCGAGUACUGGGACAGAGCCUUGUAUGAGGGUUUCACGUACUGGGUGCAAUUCAAGCGAGUGAAGGCCGGCUAUCGUUAUCUCAUCGACAAAUGGAUAGAAGAACAGGAUAAGUUGGGACUCGAACUUGAUCCAUUACCGAAGUUCAAUGACAUGGCAGAUCUUAUCGGGAACCAUUGUUUCUGGGGUGGUUGGGGGAUUGAUUGA